AUGUGCUCCCAACUUUGGCCGCGGCUAGCAUCAACCGGGUCACAUUUGCGACUCUUUUUAUAUACCCCAAUCCAAGCAGCAAUGCCCUCUACACCUCUCAAAUCACCAGCGACGCGCUUAGCGACGCGUAGUCCGAAGAAAGAAACAGAUUUCUUCAAAUCUGAAAACGUUCUGUACGCAAAGCUCCCAUUCGAGCUCUAUAUCAGAAUCUUUGAACACCUCGAAUUUUGGGAGAUUUUACGAUGCAUGAGGGUCUGCUCUCUCUUCAAAAAGCUGAUCACCGAGACUGCUUCUUUGCAGUACAUCAUUGAGCUUGCUGUCGAUACUCUUCGAAAUGAACCAAAUUGCAUCCUGCCGUCAACACUCCGCCUCGAAAAACUGAAGAAACAUCGCGAAGCACACAGGCAACUGAAAUAUAACAGGGAGAUUCGAAUACCGGUCGAACGUGAGGGGCUUUGGGAGUUGUGUGGUGGUGUUCUGGCUCAGAACAUCGAGGACGGCAAACUGAUUUUCCACCAAUUCCCUUCGGACCUGCGUUCCAUUGAGGAAAGGACGUGGACGGUGGACGAGAAAUUUGGUUUUACUGUGCGAGACUUUGCAAUGGAUCCAUCUCAAGAUCUUCUUGUCCUGGUCGAAAAUGCAGACUGGUCACUUCCGGACGAGAAGCUUGAAACUAGGCUUCACCUCCGCUCCUUGAGUACUGGGAAGAAACAUCCGCUGGUUCCCAAGCCGGGUUUUUUAUCACUGGCAGGAACCAUACGGGACGAGCAAGUGAGCUACAUCGUCCAAGUGUUCGGGACUGCUGUCAGUCUCUUCAUCGAAGCCGAUGAGUACAGCGAGCUCGCAAUAUGGGACUGGAAAUCCGGACGACGCCUUUUCGUUCUUGCAAGCGAUCACUUAUAUGCCUUUACCAUGCUCUCGGAAGACUGGGUUCUUUUGUGCGUAACGAAUGACCUGUUCGAUCCUCUGCUCGCAACCGUGGAUUUCAGACAGGAGAGUCCAGAACGACAAGACACCGAUCAGAUCAAGCUGAUUCACAAAUUCCACUACCCAGAACAGCCAAUAAAUCUUCCUUUCCGUGAUGCGGUCAUUCGCGCAGAUCCUGGACCAUUGCCGAAGCCAGGUAAUACCUCGGGCGACACACCUUUCUCUCAGGAUCCCCGCGAAUUCAUAAUUGUGGUGCAAAUGAUGUUUUACGAUGAUAACAGAAUGCCAUUUGAAGAUCCAGACGAAGACAGAAAAGAAUUCCUUCAUUUCAUACCCGCUCAUUAUCUCUUAUCGCUCUCGAAAGAGAACACUCCUUCACCGGCGUCAAAUUUCCGAUGGAAGCGGUGGGCGCCUAUCGAAACACGAUUGCUGGAUUUCUGGGGUUCUCCUUCGGCUACCUGGGUCUGCUAUGUCUAUGGGACCAGAUAUGCAUUUCUGGCAGCAGAUGCUGAGAAGCCGGGGCUUAUGGUGAAUGUUUGUGACUUCAAUCAACUGGCGAUUGGACGGGAUAGUGGUGGAACCACGAUGAGCUCGGGAAACCUAGUCAAGAAGACAAAGACGGUGACAGAUGCGCAGGGAAUAUUCCGCAAGUCAGUGCAUACACGUCUCCCAUUCUGGUAUCGAACGCUGCACAUCGCAGACGCCCAUGACCAUUGCAGCGUACUGUGCAGCGAGGACGCGCUUAUUCUCGUAGACGAAGAAUGCGGUGAGUAUCGCAUCUUCGUGUUUUAG